CCACGCUGCUGGCGGCGCGUGUGGAACACUUAGCUCCCUCGGUCCCGUCCGAUCAUCCGCUUAAAUUAUCCAAAAGACUUCCUUUUUGAUUCCCAGGCUUCUUCCCGGUCCCUCAUUCGUCAAGACACUGAAGGACAGACAUUUGGUCGGUUUCAGCCGCGGUUUGUGGACUCUCUUCUGCAUCUCUUGGUUCCUCGCGCGGCGUGCGCUUCACGUGGAAGCCGAGGCUCAUUCAUCAUCACUUCUGGGAUCUCACCCUUAGCAUUAGCUCACUAAAAAAUAAACAACAACAGCAAAGAUGGCAACCUUAAUCUUAGAGGACGGGACAACAUUUAAAGGCCGCCUUUUUGGAGCCAGUGUGUCGGUGUCAGGAGAAGUUGUGUUUCAGACGGGCAUGGUGGGCUACCCCGAGGCUCUUACCGACCCGUCCUACCGCUGCCAGCUGCUGACCCUCACUUACCCCCUGGUUGGUAACUAUGGUGUACCACCGGAUGAAGAAGGAGAGUUUGGACUAAGCAAGUGGUUUGAGUCGUCCAGGAUUCAUGCAGCAGCUUUGAUUAUUGGAGAGCUGUCGGAGAAUCCCAGUCACUGGAGUUCAACCAGGUCACUGGACCAGUGGCUCAAAGAGCAGGGUGUUCCUGGAGUGCAAGGGAUCGACACCCGCCGUCUGACCAAAAAGAUCAGGGAAAAGGGAACCAUGUUGGGGAAGCUGGUUGUCGAUGGAGCCGUUGCGGACAAUAUUCCCUUUGAAAACCCAGACAAGAGGAAUCUCGUCCGGGAAGUGUCUAUGAAGGAGGCGAAGGUUUUCAACCCCAGUGGUACUCUGCGAAUCACCGUGGUGGACUGCGGCAUCAAGUACAACCAGAUCCGCUGCCUGGCUCAGAGGGGGGCCCGUGUCACUGUGGUGCCCUGGGACCACCCGCUGGACUCUGCAGAUUUUGACGGUUUGUUCAUCAGUAACGGACCUGGAGAUCCUCAGCUCUGCCAGACCACCAUCAACAACAUCAGGAGGGUGGUGUGUGUCGACCGUCCCAAACCACUUUUCGGGAUCUGCCUAGGACACCAGCUGCUAUCCUUAGUCAUCAGAGCAAAGACCUACAAGAUGAAGUACGGUAACCGAGGCCACAACCAGCCGUGCAUCCAUAAAGGAACAGACCGCUGUUUCAUCACCAGUCAGAACCACGGCUUCGCUGUUGACCCUGACACCCUGCCUGCCGACUGGGACGUCCUGUUCACCAACGCCAACGACCACACUAAUGAGGGCAUCGUACACAACACAAAGCCCCUGUUCAGUGUUCAGUUCCACCCGGAGCACAUGGCCGGUCCCACAGACCUGGUCAGCCUGUUCGAUGUUUUCCUCGAUGUCGUCAGAGAGCACAAGAAUGGUAACAGUACUAGAUCAGUCAAACAGCGCCUGUUGGAACACCUCACCUACUCUGGUUCCCCAAAGCCUGAAGAGGUUUUCAGACCCAGGAAGGUCCUGAUUCUGGGUUCUGGAGGACUCUCCAUCGGUCAGGCAGGGGAGUUUGACUACUCUGGCUCUCAGGCCAUUAAAGCUCUGAAGGAGGAAAAUGUCCAAACUGUGCUGAUCAACCCUAACAUCGCCACUGUCCAGACCUCCAAGGGCCUGGCUGACAAAGUCUACUUCCUGCCCAUUACUCCAGAGUAUGUUACUCAGGUGAUAAAAAACGAGCGUCCAGACGGCGUUCUGCUAACGUUUGGUGGACAGACAGCUCUGAACUGUGGUGUGGAGCUGACCAAACUGGGCGUACUGGAGAAGUAUAAAGUUCGGGUUUUGGGGACGCCAGUGGCCUCUAUUGAAAUGACUGAGGACAGGAAGAUCUUUGUGGAGAAAAUGGAGGAAAUCAAUGAACAUGUUGCUCCAAGCGAAGCAGCACUUUCUGUGGAGCAGGCGGUGGCGGCUGCAGAGCGUCUGGGUUACCCUGUCCUGGUUCGGUCGGCAUUCGCUCUUGGUGGUCUCGGCUCUGGCUUCGCCAACAAUCGGGAGGAGCUGACCUCUCUGGUGACGUCAGCCUUCGCCCACACCUCUCAGGUUCUGGUGGACAAAUCCCUGAAAGGCUGGAAGGAGAUUGAGUACGAGGUGGUCCGAGACGCCUACGACAACUGUGUCACCGUCUGUAAUAUGGAGAAUAUAGACCCUCUGGGCAUCCAUACCGGGGAAUCCAUUGUGGUGGCGCCCAGUCAGACGCUCAAUGACUACGAGUACAACAUGUUGAGAAACACAGCCAUCAAAGUCAUCAGACACCUCGGCAUUGUGGGAGAGUGUAACAUCCAGUAUGCUCUCAACCCUGAGUCUGAACAGUAUUACAUCAUCGAGGUGAAUGCCCGUCUGUCGCGGAGUUCAGCUCUGGCCAGUAAAGCGACCGGUUACCCUUUGGCCUACGUGGCAGCUAAACUCGGCCUGGGGAUCCCACUGCCGCAGCUCAAGAACUCUGUCACCAACUCAACGACGGCCAACUUUGAGCCGAGUUUGGACUACUGCGUGGUGAAGGUACCUCGCUGGGAUCUCAGCAAGUUCCUCAGGGUCUCCACCAAGAUCGGCAGCUCCAUGAAGAGUGUCGGUGAGGUGAUGGCUAUUGGACGCAGCUUUGAGGAGGCCUUCCAGAAAGCUCUGAGGAUGGUGGAUGAGAACUGCGUCGGCUUUGAUCACACCAUCAAACCUGUCUCAGAAAAGGAGCUGCAGACUCCGACAGACAAGCGAAUCUUUGUUUUGGCGUCAGCGCUCAGAGCCGGAUACACGGUGGACCAGCUGUACGAGCUGACCAAGAUCGACCGCUGGUUCCUACAUAAGAUGAAAAACAUCACCGACCACGAGCACCUGCUGGAGACGUACAACCAGGAUGAGAGCGCCAUGCCUCCAGAGGUGAUGCGGAAAGCCAAGCAGCUCGGCUUCUCAGACAAACAAAUAGCAUUAGCAGUGCAGAGCACAGAGUUGGCUGUGAGAAAGCUCCGUCACGAUUGGUCGAUCCUACCUGUAGUGAAGCAGAUUGAUACGGUGGCGGCUGAAUGGCCCGCCUUCACCAACUACCUGUACCUGACCUACCACGGUACAGAGGACGACCUGAGCUUCAGCGAUCAGCACGUCAUGGUGAUCGGCUCGGGUGUGUAUCGCAUUGGCAGCAGCGUGGAGUUUGACUGGUGUGCAGUCGGCUGCAUCACAGAGCUCAGGAAGAUGGGUUAUAAGACCAUCAUGGUGAACUACAACCCGGAAACGGUCAGCACAGACUACGACAUGUGUGACCGCCUCUACUUUGACGAGAUCUCCUUUGAGGUGGUGAUGGAUAUUUACGAGAGGGAGAACCCAGAGGGUGUGAUCCUGUCUAUGGGAGGUCAGCUGCCCAACAACAUCGCCAUGUCGCUGCACCGUCAGCAGUGUCGCAUCCUGGGAACUUCACCGGAGUUCAUCGACUGUGCUGAGAACAGGUUCAAAUUCUCCCGAAUGCUGGACACUAUCAGCAUCAGUCAGCCUCAGUGGAAGGAGCUCUCAGACACGGAGUCUGCUGUGAAGUUCUGUGAGACGGUGGGUUAUCCCUGCCUGGUUCGUCCCUCAUAUGUCCUCAGCGGAGCAGCCAUGAAUGUGGCCUACAGCGACAGUGACCUCGAAAAGUACCUGAGCAACGCUGUAGCUGUGUCCAAGGAGCAUCCUGUUGUCAUCUCCAAAUUUAUACAGGAGGCUAAGGAGAUCGAUGUGGACGCUGUAGCAUGUGACGGGGUGGUGAUGGCCAUCGCGGUGUCUGAACACGUGGAAAAUGCCGGCGUUCAUUCCGGUGACGCCACACUGGUGACGCCUCCGCAAGAUCUCAACCAGAAAACCAUCGAGAGGAUCAAGAUGAUUGUUCAUGCGAUUGGCCAGGAGCUGCAGGUCACCGGACCCUUCAACCUCCAGCUGAUUGCAAAGGACGACCAGUUGAAGGUGAUCGAGUGCAACGUCCGAGUCUCCCGCUCCUUCCCUUUUAUAUCCAAGACACUGGGUGUGGACCUGGUUGCCUUGGCAACGCAGGCCAUUAUGGGGGAGGAAGUAGAGCCUGUGGGCUUGAUGAGAGGAAAAGGGAUUGUGGGAGUCAAGGUUCCUCAGUUUUCUUUCUCUCGACUGGCUGGAGCCGAUGUGGUGCUGGGAGUGGAGAUGACCAGUACUGGAGAAGUGGCCUGUUUUGGGGAGAAUCGAUACGAGGCUUAUCUUAAAGCCAUGUUGUCGACGGGUUUCAAGAUCCCAAAAAAGAACAUCCUGCUCUCAAUUGGCAGCUAUAAGAAUAAGAGUGAGCUGCUGCCCACAGUUCAGGCUCUGGAGACUCUGGGAUACGACCUGUACGCCAGCCUGGGCACCGCCGACUUCUACACUGAACAUGGAGUCAAGGUGACAGCGGUGGACUGGCCGUUUGAGGAGGAGGAGGACAGUGAAUGCCCCACCAAGGAGAAGCAGCGCAGCAUCAUGAACUACCUGGAGGAAAACCACUUCGACCUGGUCAUCAACCUGUCCAUGAGGAACAGCGGAGGGCGCCGUCUCUCCUCUUUCGUCACCAAAGGCUACAGGACGAGACGCAUGGCCAUCGACUACUCCGUCCCGCUCAUCAUCGACAUCAAAUGCACCAAGCUCUUUGUUCAGGCUCUUCGUCAGAUUGGUAGAAGUCCACCGGUGAAAACUCACAUCGACAGCAUGACGUCCCAGACUCUGGUCCGUCUGCCCGGUCUGAUUGACGUCCAUGUCCACCUGCGGGAACCUGGAGCCACCCAUAAGGAGGACUUUUCCUCUGGUACGGCAGCUGCUCUGGCUGGUGGAGUGACCAUGGUGUGUGCGAUGCCCAACACGUCUCCAGCCAUCACGGACGCCAACAACCUGGCCCUGGUGCAGAAGUUGGCCAAAGCAGGCUGCCGCUGCGACUACGCCUUGUAUGUGGGCGCUGCUUCAGACAACGCCGCUGUUCUGUCGUCCAUCGCUAACCAGGCUGUGGGAUUGAAAAUGUACCUGAACGAUACAUACUCCACCCUGAAGAUGGACAACGUGUCUCUGUGGAUGGAGCACUUUGAGAAAUGGCCCAAACAGAUGCCCAUUGUGGCUCAUGCAGAGAAGCAGACUGUGGCGGCCAUAUUGAUGGUGGCACAGCUUUACCAGCGACCAGUUCACAUCUGUCACGUGGCCAAGAAAGAGGAGAUCUUGAUCAUCCAAGCGGCCAAACAGAAAGGCAUCCAGGUGACGUGUGAGGUGGCUCCUCAUCACCUCUUCCUGUGUGAGGAAAACGUGCCAGAUAUUGGAGACGGUCGAGCACAGGUCCGUCCCAUGCUGGGGACACGCGAGGACAUGGAGGCACUCUGGGAAAACCUGGACAUCAUCGACUGUUUUGCAACAGAUCACGCUCCUCACUCUGUGGAGGAGAAGAACAGUGAGUGUCCUCCUCCCGGAUACCCUGGUCUAGAAACAAUGCUGCCUCUGCUGCUGACAGCGGUCAGCGAUGGACGUCUUACUCUGGAUGACAUUAUCAGGCGUCUUCAUGACAACCCACGGAAGAUCUUCAACCUUCCUGCUCAGGACAACACCUAUGUGGAGGUGGAUUUGGAGCAGGAGUGGGUUAUUCCACAGGCCAUGCAGUUCACCAAGUCAAAGUGGACGCCCUUCCAAGGUAUGAAGGUGAAGGGGAAAGUCCGCCGUGUGGUUCUACGAGGAGAAGUGGCCUACAUCGACGGCCAGGUGUUGGUUCCUCAUGGUUAUGGUGAAGAUGUGAAGACAUGGCCAACUCCAUCCGUCCAACAAGUCAAAGACAGCCCGAGGACCCCUGAACACCUACGUCGUACUCCUCCACGUGAUGCCACAGUCCGAAGUCGAGCUGCUAGCCCCCGACGCACCACAGCAGAGGGCCGAUACCUGCUGCCGCCUCGCGUCCACCGCUCCUCUGACCCAGGACUGCCACCAGAGAUGGUGAUGCUCCCUCCCUCCGGUGCUCCUGCAGGUGACGGUUACAGCCACCCUCCUCCUCUGUCCAGGCUGCUGUCUCCUCAGUCAGGAUCAGGACCAAUACCUGCCGGACAGGUGUCUCAUCUCCAGACCUCUCCUCUGCUGCACCCACUAGUGGGACAACACAUCCUUAGUGUCAGGCAGUUCAGCAAAGAGCAGAUUUCCCACCUUUUCAAUGUUGCCCACACGCUGCGUUUGAUGGUUCAGAAGGAGCGGAGUCUGGACAUCCUGAAGGGGAGGGUGAUGGCGUCCAUGUUCUAUGAGGUCAGCACUCGCACCAGCAGCUCCUUCGCGGCGGCCAUGCAGCGUCUGGGAGGCUCGGUCGUCCAUUUCAGCGAAUCCACCUCGUCCACACAGAAAGGGGAAUCUCUGGCCGACUCGGUCCAGACUAUGAGCUGCUACGCCGAUGUACUCGUGCUCCGACACCCGACACCCGGAGCUGUGGAGAGUGCCUCACGUCAUUGCCGUAAACCAGUGAUCAAUGCUGGAGAUGGUGUCGGGGAGCAUCCGACUCAGGCCCUGUUGGACGUCUUCACCAUCAGAGAAGAGCUGGGGACAGUUAACGGCAUGACGAUAACCAUGGUUGGCGACCUCAAACACGGCCGCACGGUCCAUUCCCUGGCCAAACUGCUGACUCAGUACCGCAUCACUCUGCGCUACGUGGCUCCUAAAAACCUCCACAUGCCAGCGGAGAUCAUCAGCUAUGUGGCUUCAAAGGGCAUCAAGCAGGAGGAGUUUGAGAGCAUUGAGGAGGCUCUGCCAGACACUGAUGUCCUCUACAUGACGAGGAUCCAGAAGGAGAGAUUUGCAUCUGAGGAGGAGUACAAGGCUUGUUUUGGGCAGUUCAUCCUCACUCCUCACAUCAUGACUGCAGCCAAACAGAAGAUGGUCGUCAUGCAUCCACUGCCUCGAGUCAAUGAGAUCAGUGCGGAGGUGGAUACAGACCCAAGAGCAGCCUACUUCCGUCAGGCGGAGAAUGGCAUGUACAUCCGCAUGGCGCUGCUGGCCACCGUACUCGGCAGAUAGAUGAGCGGAUUUGUGAUGAUCAAUUUGAGAUGCAGUACAUUUUAAAAUGGGUCAGGACUUAAACUGAGUUACGUAGAGAUGAUAAAACACUGCUGUUAACGCACAGACCACAGGUUUUUUUGUCAUUUAACACAUUCCAUUCAUUCUUGUCAACUGUAGUAUUUUUAUUGCCUUAAAACUGAAAACCUACCAUUAAAUAGUUUGUGAUAAAGGGACCAGUAAGUAUCUGUUUUACUGUGAAUGGAGAAGCUUGGAAAGGGCAUUAAAUGAAUAAUUCUAAUGGGACCAUGGUGUGUUGAUAUUAAAGAUGCCGUUUUGUCAGAAACUCUUUAAAGGGACCUUUAAGGAUGUUUGAAAGUAGAAGAAUGCUGCUUCUUUAUUGAGUGUUUUCCUUUUGAUCACAAAUUCUUCUGGAUGUCCUGUUUAUCUGUCUUGCAUAAUAAUACUUAAUGUGUGUCCUUAAUUCAUGGAAAAUGGAAACUCCUUUGUUUUGUUUUUUUUACACAGAUGUCAGAAAAGCAUUGAUGGACUACUUUGUACUGAUAAAUAAAUAAUGAACAAUUA